UCGAAGCCCAUGGAAAGACAAGGUACAAACAAACUAUCAGUCUUCCAAUUUGUUAUUCUUCUACCUGACUCCAUCCCCUGAGAAGCGUCGUUGAGGUCUCCCCCACUCUCUCUCGCUAACACACACGCACACAUUUUCUCUCUCAUCACUUCGGAAAAUGAAUUGAUUUAGCAGAGGCAAUAGCGAUCGGAUUCAAUAAAUUUUGCGUUCAUUUGUAUCAGUAUUACAGUGUUAAAGGAAAAUAAGAGCUCAUUGGUGGAGCAGUGAUGGAGAUCUUUUCGGCUUGGAAACUCACUUUCCAGAAACCAUGUGCUAUCAUGUGGUUUUGGAUUUUGCUGCUACUCUUGCUACAAAAUAGCAGAGGGAUACUCUCUGCUUCAAAUUACUUGGUUGGGCUUGGAAGCUAUGACAUUACAGGACCUGCAGCUGAUGUCAAUAUGAUGGGAUAUGCUAACUCUGACCAGACUGCAUCAGGUGUUCACUUCAGGUUGCGAGCACGGGCAUUUAUUGUGGCAGAGCCACAAGGUAACCGUGUAGUAUUUGUAAACCUUGAUGCUUGCAUGGCUUCUCAACUUGUGACAAUUAAAGUGCUUGAGAGGUUGAAAACAAGAUAUGGGAACCUAUAUACUGAAAACAAUGUUGCUAUUAGUGGUAUUCACACCCACGCUGGGCCUGGGGGUUAUCUACAAUAUGUUGUGUACAUCGUAACAUCUCUUGGGUUUGUGCGCCAGUCAUUUGAUGUUAUUGUUAAUGGCAUUGAGGAAAGCAUCAUACAAGCUCAUGAAAAUCUCCGGCCGGGAUCAAUUAUGGUGAAUAAAGGAGAACUUCAAGAUGCUGGUGUAAACCGCAGCCCUAGUGCUUAUCUAAAUAAUCCUGCAGCAGAACGUAGUAAAUACAAGUUUAAUGUUGACAAGGAAAUGACCCUUCUAAAGUUUGUGGAUGAUGAAUGGGGCCCAGUUGGUAGCUUUAAUUGGUUUGCAACUCAUGGAACUUCUAUGAGUCGCACAAACUCGUUGAUAAGUGGGGACAACAAAGGAGCUGCUGCACGAUUUAUGGAAGACUGGUUUAAUAAGAAUGCCAGUGAAAUUUUAUAUUCUGAAAACUCUGAAGCCGAUGAAAUCUCUCUAAGAGUCCCAAACAUAAUUCCUGUUGCUCCCAAAAAUCACCAUGAGUUGCUGGAGCUUGCUGCCUCUUUCCAAUCGCCUUCUGGUAAACGAGCGACCAAGUUUCUGAGUAUUGCUAGACGUGUCAGAAGUGCUCUCAGGCAGGCUGAUAAGCCUGGAUUUGUAUCUGCAUUUUGUCAGUCAAACUGUGGUGAUGUUAGUCCAAAUGUGCUUGGUGCAUUCUGCAAUGAUACUGGGCUACCUUGUGAUUUUAACCACAGCACUUGUGGUGGAAAGAAUGAGUUGUGCUAUGGCCGAGGACCAGGUUACCCAGAUGAAUUCGAGAGUACACGUAUAAUUGGAGAUAGGCAACUCCAAAAAGCUAUACAUCUUUUCAACACAGCAUCUGAACAGCUGAAAGGGAAGGUUGACUAUCGUCACACUUACGUGGACUUCUCCAAGCUUGAGGUGACACUUCCUAAACAGGGAGGAGGUAGUGAAGUGGUUAAAACAUGCCCUGCUGCUAUGGGUUUUGCGUUUGCAGCGGGUACAACUGAUGGACCUGGAGCUUUUGAUUUUAAGCAAGGAGAUGAUAAGGGAAAUCCUUUUUGGAAGUUGGUUCGCAACUUAAUUAAAACACCAGGCAAGGAGCAAAAAAAUUGUCAAUAUCCAAAGCCUAUUUUGCUUGACACUGGUGAAAUGCAGUUGCCAUAUGCUUGGGCGCCUUCGGUACUCCCAAUUCAAAUCCUCCGGAUAGGGCAGCUAGUCAUUCUCACUGUACCUGGAGAAUUCACUACAAUGGCUGGAAGACGUCUUCGAGAUGCUGUGAGGACAGUGCUCAUUAGUGGAGGUGGAGAAUUCAAUGGCAAUGUUCAUGUUGUGAUAGCUGGGUUGACUAACACAUAUUCACAAUAUGUGACUACCAUUGAGGAGUAUGAAGUCCAAAGAUAUGAGGGUGCCUCCACGCUAUUUGGUCCCCACACUCUUAGUGCAUACAUUCAGGAGUUCCAGAAGCUUGCGACAGCUCUAGUCAAUGGUCAAUCCAUUGAAUCGGGCCCACAACCCCCUGAUCUGCUGAACAAGCAAAUUAGCUUACUAACUCCAGUUGUCAUGGAUUCGACCCCUCCCGGUGUGAAAUUUGGGGAUGUCAGCUCUGAUGUCCCUCAAAACUCCACCUUCAAGAGAGGUGACAUGGUGACAGUUGUUUUCUGGUCAGGUUGCCCCAGAAAUGACCUCAUGACGGAAGGGACAUUUGCUCUGGUGGAGACUCUCCAUGGAAAAGACUCUUGGGUUCCAGCUUACGAUGAUGAUGAUUUCUGCCUCCGGUUCAAGUGGGCCAGACCAGCUAAACUCAGCCCACAAAGUCAAGCAACUAUAGAAUGGAGAAUCCCAGAGUACGCUGCUCUGGGAGUGUACAGAAUAAGGCAUUUUGGUGCAUCCAAGGGUCUUAUGAGCUCAAUUCACCAUUUUACAGGUUCAUCUAGUGCAUUUGUUGUUGCAUAAGAAAGAUUUUGAUAUUUCUCCGUAUUCUGAGCCAUUUCCAUGUAAGUUAUAGACAGUUCCAUAGUUGGGAGUAUUUAUAAUGAAUGGUUUACUUUUCUUUUCCCACUUUA